ACUAAAUUCUGUCACUAAACAAAUUGAAACGAAAAUGGUUAAAUUGUGUUGGUGUUGGUCUGAAGAAGCGACGAAUUCAACGGGCGUUGCUAAAGCCUCGUAUAGCCGCAAUGCUUUUAUGCAUUUCCUGAGCGAGUACAGACGCGUGUGUAACCGUCGGUCACCAGCCUGGAUGACAGCCUCUGAAGCUGGAGCGAUGUGGUCCCGGAUGCCACUUAACGACAAGUACUGCUACAUUGAAGCGGCACGUAACGCCGGCUAUGUGUUCACGGCGCGCGAUCGACGCUUGAAUCGUGUGUUGCGCCAUCUACGCAAGUCGCUGACGGAACGCGACAAUCGAAUCAAUUUGAUACAGGUUUCAGCGGCCGUCAAGCAGAUGAAGCUGUGGAAGCGCAAAAUACUAGACGAGAUUUGCCGACGAUGAAGUGAGAGAGCCUUUUAAGCCGCUGAUAAGGUCAAGUUGUUUGAUGUCAACUAAUCUCAGACGUCUUACGUCGUCCAAAGGUCCUUGUUCUUCGAUGUGCAAUAUAAAAGGUACUCUUGUGUCAUAUCUCGUUAUCUGUACAAAAUACUUUUGUAAAUUAAACGUUGUAAUUGAAUAAAAGAUUAAU